AAAAAAAAAAAAAAAAAAAAACAGAUUAUUCUUCAUUUCCUAUCCCUAAGGAUAUAAUAUGGGAGCCAUCGAAUUCGACGAGCCAACGGCGGCGACCGUUGCCGCACCACCGGAAGCAACACCGGAAGCGUUGCUUCCAUUAAUCGAUCAUCUAAAUGGGAACUUCAUCAACAUGAAAAUCAAAAAGGCUCUGCCGCCGGCGGCGAGGAAGAAUAUGCAGAUCACGGUGGCGGAGCCGCGGUCCAAGGUUGACGAGGCUGACCUCAAAUCCACGCUGGACAAGUAUCUUGACACCAUUUCUCAACGUGUCAAUUACCAUAUAGGUUACCCGGUGAACAUAGUGUAUGAGCACUAUGCAACUUUGGCACCAUUGAUGCGUUACCACUUGAACAACUGCGGUGACCCAUUCAUGGAGAACACUGUGGAUUUCCAUUCCAAAGAUUUUGAAGUUGGGGUUUUGGAUUGGUUUGCUCAGCUCUGGGAAAUUGAAAAGGAUGAGUAUUGGGGUUACAUUACAAAUGGCGGCACAGAAGGCAAUCUUCAUGGAAUUUUGCUGGGGAGAGAGGUACUUCCGGAUGGAAUACUGUAUGCAUCAAGAGAGUCACACUAUUCAGUGUCCAAGGCUGCCCAGAUGUAUAGAAUGGAAUUAGAAGGCAUUAACACGAUGGUCAAUGGAGAAAUGGACUAUGGUGAUUUAAGAUCAAAGCUGCUCCUUAACAAGGGAAAACCAGCCAUCAUCAAUGUCACCAUUGGAACAACCUUCAAAGGAGGGAUGGAUAACAUAGAUGUGAUUAUAGAAACACUCCAAGAAUGUGGGUAUUCGCAGGAUGAAUUCUACAUUCACUGCGACGCAGCGCUGUCGGGUCUCAUCCUCCCAUUCCUCAAAAACGCGCCGAGAAUCAGUUUCAAGAAGCCAAUCGGGAGUGUCACCAUCUCCGGCCACAAGUUCCUAGGAUGUCCGAUGCCAUGCGGGAUCCAAAUCACCAGAAAAUCCCUCAUCCACAACAUCUCGCGAAACGUCGAGUACAUCGCCUCCGUGGACGCCACCAUCUCCGGCAGCCGCAACGGCCUCGCCCCCAUUUUACUCUGGUACAGCCUGAGCACCAAGGGCCGCGCCGGCCUCCGGGAAGACGCCGAGCGGUGCGUGGAAACCGCCAAGCGCCUCCGCGACCGCUUCCACCGCGCCGGCAUCACCGCCAUGCUCAACGAAAACAGCACCACCGUCGUCUUCGAGCGGCCGCAAGACCGCGACUUCGUCCGCCGCUGGCAGCUCUCCUGCGUGAGGGACAUGGCGCACGUCAUCGUCAUGCCCGGCGUCACGGCCGAGGCGCUCGACGCUUUCUUCAACGAUCUGGUGGUGCAGAAAAGGGCAGCACCGCCUCGCCACGCUGCCCCGCCGCCCUGCCUUGCAGAUGAUGUCGGUCCACAUAAUUGCUACUGUCACCUUCACAAACUUUCUUUUUCUUACCCCUUUUGUUGUUGAGCUAUAAUAGUGAUGCCAUUAUUGGGUGUGUAUUAAUAAUAAUAAUAAUAAUUCGGGCCGGUGUGAGACCCUUAGGGUUAAAGUUUAACCUUUUGGAAGAAUAAUAAUAAUGGAAUAAAUGUAUAAGGUUUGUUUCU